GUUCGUUUGAGCUCCUUGGCAAUCUGUUACUUUCUUAUUUAUUUUAGAAAUAUCACGUGUUAAUUUAAAUUCUAUAAUUUUACUGUAACUUCUAUUAAAUUAGAAUUGAUAAUAUUUUUCUAAAUUAAUAAAACCUCAUUUCUUGUUUGUAAUAAAAAAAACGGAUAAAAAGUUUAAUUCAAAAAUGGAAUUUUUGUCGCGCAAAGUAAAGUCACAUGGACAAAUUGACGCACGUCAAGUGAAUGGCGCGUUGGAUACUUCAAGAGAAAUUAAAAAACGUACUUACAACCUUUAUCCGGACCGCCGACAAUUUCCUGAACGUGCACAGUCCGAAAUUAUUGAAUCGUCUCCGUUUACUAGAAAAGAGCGAAACCGCGAUGAGUCCAGCGCCCCCCGCCCAACGAGACAAAACAAGCGCGACGCAUGCCGCCGUCAAGCAGUCGUACGCGACAAGCGUAGGGAAGUGUACGUACGAGAUGGAACGCGAUCGUAUCGGAAUAUGGGGCAGCGGCGACUCCACGUCCGCCAGCAAAGUCUCCGGCCUCGACCGCCUCAGGCACCCGGGACUCAACAAGGGCUUGGCGUUCACCAUUGAGGAGCGUCAGACCUUGGGCAUCCACGGGCUGCUGCCAGCCAGGGUGAAGAGCCAGGAGGAGCAGGUCCAGCUGUGCAAGCUGUCCAUCGAGCGGUAUGAGGACCCCCUCAACAAAUACAUCUACCUUAUGUCACUGUUGGACCGCAACGAGCACCUGUUCUACCGCUUCGUGGGCGAGAAUGUGGCUGACAUGAUGCCCAUCGUGUACACGCCCACCGUGGGCCUGGCCUGCCAGAAGUACGGGCUGGUGUACCGCCGCCCCCGGGGCCUCUUCAUCACCAUCCACGACAAGGGACACAUCUACGAUAUACUUAAGAACUGGCCUGAAACAGACGUCCGAGCUAUAGUAGUGACAGACGGAGAACGUAUCUUGGGUCUGGGAGACCUGGGAGCCUGUGGUAUGGGCAUCCCGGUCGGCAAGCUCUCUCUAUACACCGCACUCGCAGGCAUCAAACCACACCAGUGCUUACCUAUCACUUUGGACGUGGGUACAAACAACCCGACGAUGUUGGAAGAUCCCCUAUACAUCGGCCUGCGCCAGCGCCGCGUGCGAGGGCCGCAGUACGACGAGUUUAUCGACGAGUUCAUGGACGCCGUGGUCCGCCGCUACGGACAGAACUGUCUCAUUCAGUUCGAGGACUUUGGCAACGCUAACGCCUUCCGUCUGCUCGAGAAGUACCGUGGAAAAUACUGCACGUUCAACGACGACAUCCAGGGCACGGCGGCGGUGGCGGUGGCGGGGCUGCUGGCCAGUCUCCGCAUCACCGGGAAGAAGCUCUGCGAGAACACCAUCGUCUUCCAGGGCGCUGGAGAGGCAGCUUUGGGUAUCGCCGGUCUGUGCGUGAUGGCCAUGAUUGCCGAGGGUUGUACGGACGAGAAGGCUCGCUCUCGCAUCUGGAUGGUGGACUCCAAGGGUCUGAUCGUGAGGAACAGGCCCGAGGGAGGCGUCAACGAACACAAGGAGAAGUUCGCUAAGGACCAUGCUCCAAUCCGCACUCUAGAAGAGGUCAUCGAUGUAGCCAAGCCCUCCGUGCUCAUUGGCGCGGCAGCCAUCGGCGGAGCGUUCACUCCGUCGAUCCUGCGCAAGAUGGGCGCGCUGAACGAGCGGCCCGUCAUCUUCGCCCUCUCCAACCCCACCAGCAAGGCCGAGUGCACCGCCAUCGACGCAUACUCCAACACCGAUGAGCGUGCAAUCUUCGCGUCGGGCUCCCCGUUCCCGGACUACCGCACGAAGGACGGGCGCGUGCUGCGGCCGGGGCAGGGCAACAACUCGUACAUCUUCCCCGGGCUCGCGCUCGGCAUCAUCUGCGCCGGCAUCAUCGACAUCUCCGAGGACUUCAUGCUGCUCGCUGCCGAGGCGUUGGCCGAGAUAGUGUGCCAAGCGGACCUGGACCAAGGCAGCCUGUACCCGCCCCUCAAGGACAUCCAGGACUGCUCCGUCAAGAUCGCCAAGAAGAUCGUCGAACACGCUUACCAAACUGGCAAGGCAUCAGUGUUCCCUCAGCCAGAGAACACGGAGGCGUUCAUCCGCGCACAGAUGUACGACGUGCGGUACUCUGCCGCCGUGCCGCCCGUGUACACGUGGCCGCGCGACGACAUGCUGCGCGUCGACAUGAUCUAGGAACCACACGCAGCGCUUGGACACAACACACAACUCAUUUGUACGACGCCAUUCUCAAUCAGAACUUUAUAGCGAGGCUGAAACGCUGUGUUGCAACGACGCAUUAUACAUUAUAUACAAUUUCGAACGGUAAUAUCUAAAUUGCGAUCAAAAUCUUGUCGCGCAACAAGACGUUAACGAUUAGUGUAGUAUGCGUCUCAUUGCGUUGUGCGGCGUCGCAGAUGUUUGCGAUGUGUCGUCGCAAAGCAAGGUAUCGGCCUCGCCCUAAGGCAGUUGUCCCAGUAUUUGCGAGGAACCGUGUAACUAUCGCUUAUUUUUCACAAAAGAUUUAGUAUUAUCAGGUGAGAUAUCGCUUCACUAGUUUAAUACGAGCUUAUAUUUCUUCAGAAAUUAUCAGCGCGAACGGUUAUGCAAGUAGGUACUACCUAAUGUGCUUCUCGUAAAUCACCAGCGAUGGGAUAACUGUCUUAGCUCGGACCAAUUGAAAUAAAAAGUAAGGAACAAAGAGUUGGCAGUACACGCGCUUCUACUGAUAUAACGCGUCGAAUGUAAUGUGUCGUAAUAUGCUUUGUCUCGAAUUUAUCGCCAAUCGUGUUACUUUGUAAAUAUCAUCAUGUCUGCAUUAUGCUAGCAGUGGAAGACUCGGUAAUAUUGUUUACUCACCUCAGUGUAGCGAUAAAUAAACGUGGAAAUCCUGUAUGAACGUUAUUUAGUGUUUCAAUGUUUCAGUUUCAAGCGCUCGCAGUGUUCUCAGAAUCUAGCUUCGAAUAUUUAUUUUGUUAAGUCGAUCGUACUGAUGACCAACGGGCUGUUCUAAUGGAUUUGUUAAGUGAACUUAACGUAUAUGGCGGUUUAAGUGACUGAAAUUAUAUUUAACGAAAUACAAGAGGCAUUUAUUGUGCCGCCUGAUGUUGUUUAUAUUAAUUCGCGGGUCGCGGCACACGCGCCGCUAACCAACGCGGCGAGCCACUCACUACUUACAAUAUUACUUCAACAUCGAUGUACACAACAACAUUGCGUGUGUGACGACCCUUGCUGUUAUUUAUUCACCAUUCCAAAAGCAACCUUGAAAUUAGUUUUAUUUUGUACUUAAGUGUUAUUUAUUAAUGAAAUUAUUGCUUGGUAACUAAGCUCGCACAUAGCCAUCAAGCAGGUUUUGUAUUUGUUCAUGUAAUGUUAUUGCAAUGUAUAUUGAGGGCAGUUUGCGGUUAUAAUGUGUACAUUAGAAUUAGAUUAAAUUGCAUGACGUUCCUUUAAAAUUAUAGUAUAAGUUAAAACUUAAACCAUAAAUGUACGGUAUUUAUAUGUAAAUUUUUGAAAUAAAUUGAUUGUAACAUA